AGAUUCAUGUGGAGCGUAGUCAGAGUGCAGCAGAAGUUGUGACACGUAUCUGCAAGCCUUUCUGUGAAUAUUUCUUUCUGUUCGACUAGCCGUCAUGAGUCUUCAAUGGACAGCCGUGGCUACGUUUCUGUACGCCGAGGUGUUUGCGGUACUGCUGCUCUGUGUCCCUUUCAUCUCCCCAAAACGAUGGAGCAAAUUUUUCAAGUCUAGACUGGUCACUGUCAUCGCAACGUAUGGAAACACUGCCUUCAUUGUCAUCAUUUGUAUUCUUGUCUUUCUGCUCGUAGAUGCAUUUAGAGAAGUGAGAAAAUACAGUGUGACAGAGAAAGUGGAUCUGAGCAACAACCCCGUGGCCAUUGAGCACAUCCACAUGAAGCUCUUCAGAGCCCAGAGGAACGAAUACAUCGCCGGCUUCGCUCUGCUCCUGUGUUUGCUGUUGAGACGUCUGGCCACACUGCUGUCUCAGCAGGCAACACUGAUGGCCUCUAAUGAAGCCUUUAAAAAGCAGGCGGAGGGAGCAAAUGAUGCUGCGAAAAAAUACAUGGAGGAAAAUGAGAAACUGCAGGAGAAACUGCGGGAAGCGGGCGUUGAAGUGCCUGAAGUGGGUGGGAAGGCCAAGGGUGGCGUGGAGGAGGAUAAGAAAAAUCUGACAGAAGAGGUCAGGAAACUGAAGGAUGAACUCGGCGCAACAAAGAAAGCUCUUCAGAAGUCAGACAGCGAUGUGAAGGCCAUGAAGAAGCAGGCUGAGAACCUCACAGCGGAGUACGACCGUCUGCUGGAGGAACACGGCAGACUGCAGGCUAAAUGCGACUCUCAGCAGGACAAGAAGUCAGACUGAACGAACAUCAUCAUGCACCUGCUCUCUUUCCUGCAUCCUCAUUGGCUGGUAGCAGCUCAGCUGGCUGUGUAAGGACAGGGUUCCGUUCUUCAUUCAUGCGCUUUCACGUGAUUCAUUAAAGCCUCUGCAGGGUUUUCACACACUGUCAUAUGUUUUCUUUCUGCUUUUGCUGUGAACUUCUAGUGUUUAAUUUUUAUUUCAAGUUUUUGGUUAUAAACUCUGUUUAGAAUUGAAUAUCAGCUGACAUGAGUAUUACAUUUCUUGAUGUGUCAGUUUGUGUGUCAGGUACAUUGAGCCUCAUCAAUGAAACACAAGCAGAGUGAAUUUAUGUUCACCAAAAAAUUUAAAUUUGCUUUAAAUUUACUCACCCUCAGGCUAUCCAAGAUGUAGAUGAGUUUGUUUCUUUAAAAAGUUCAAGUUAAAAAAAGCCUAAAUUUGUUUUACAAACAGCUUUUUGUUUCAAACGAUGUUAACUGAUGGACUGAAGUCAUGUGGAUUAUUGUGAUGUUUUUAUCAGCUGUUUGGACUCUCAUUCUGACGGCACCCAUUCACUGCAAAGAAUCCUUUGGUAUUUGUUUAAAUAGCCAUAUUGAAUUGAAUGCCACAAUUUACACAAGCCUGAUUUUUUACCAACAAUUUACUCAAAUUCAUUCAGCUUGGGAUUCAUAAAUGAGUCACAUUGUUUAUAUGGAAGGACCAAGAAAAAGUUUACAGGAUAUUCUAGACUAUAUGUUUUUGAUAUGGUAAUUGUUGGGUUUCAAGUCUUUUUUUUUAUUUUUUUAAUUAACUACUUUAAUUUUCUUGCCUUAUAGGACAAACCUUCAGUCUUUCAUUAUGAAUAUGGAUAUUUGGUUGCAGUACAGAUGCAUGUGUUGGUUAAUUUUAGAUCUUUGAUUUACAGGGUACACAACACUUUACACCCAAUAAGCACUUCAGAAAGAAAAUCCCUCCAGGUUAUGAUCGACGAGCCUCAUUUGUCAUUUUGACUGUCUUGCGUCAUGCUAUAGGAAGAUAUUUUUGUUUUAUUUUGUCUUGGGUAUGGGAUAGCUCAUAUUUAGAGCAGAGUGAAUAAACUGCUUCUUUCCAGUCUGGUCUGGUUUGAGGCCACUGAGUCGGUAUAAUCUGAUAUGAGCCCGGCAGGGCUGUUACAGUGGGUAUGAACACCACUUUGGCAGGAACAUUAAAGCAUCCACAGCUGAUAUUGUUUCAAAACACAGCGCACUAUCUCUCGUCCUCUAGGUAUUGAAAUUAUAUUAAUGUCACAUUUGAGGGCCACGCGUUAGUUUUGCAUUUAAAGGUUACGUGGUUGAACUCUGUUCACUUGCUGUUUUACAGUUUAAGUGCCCCGGGUUUCUUUGCUUCUUUUCUGGCAUGUGUAAAUCAAUAUCUUUGCAAUCUUAGAGCAGUGCCACCUGAAAAAGAAUCAGCCGGAAUGACAUCAUAGCCGUGUUAAAAUAGGGAUCUGUGGGAACAACGUUAGCGCUGUUUUGGGCUCCCAGGGGAAAGGGCAUCGGGAUCGCUGGCGGAGUGUCGGAUAAUUCAUAGUCAAGACCUCCUGGACGGUUACCAAUCAUGAGAAUGUGAGGAAGGACAUCUGCUACAGCACCAGUUCAAUGAAAAUGUCAGUGUAUACCUGAACAUUGAAAUGGCAGGAGUUCAUUUUAAUAGUUUAGAGGUCAUGUCAUAUUAUAUCAUUUUCAAACCCGUAAAUAAACAAGUGAACUGUAGUACUGUUAAAGGGGCUCUUUCUUAAUAUGCAUUUCCAAAUGUAGCUGCUUCUUUCUUAUAUCAGGUUUUUACUUUGAGUUCUUGCAAAAAAAACAAAAAAC